UCAAAGUCUCCGCGACCACAUUCGGCCUUCUUCGCCACGAAAGUCGGAAGAAAAGCAGUUCAACUCUCUGGUUUUCGCCCAUUCAGAUCUCACAACCUCUUUCCCUCUCUCUGCCGCAGAGAUCCCUCUAGGAACCAAUUUUCCAAGUCCUUCGCAAAUCUUAGCUCUUCUUUCCUCUGGCUUGUGAAUUUGUUAUAUCGAUAAGGUCCUUACUGUCAUCAGCACAGACGCCCUUUUGAUCUAUCUAUAUAGAUAUAGGAAGGCGCAGUCUGUUGUGGUUGGAGCUUUCGAUCAGCUUUUGAAGGUUUAGGCAGGAAUGGAGAGUGAGGUUGCGGAGAAGCAGUCUUCGUACACGUAUUGGGUCAGGCAAGCGAAAGAAGACGCUGCUCCACCACCAGUCCCACGCAGGCUUUCUGCUAAUGACAUAUCUAUGCAAUCACAGCCCAACGCAUUAGGAUCUGUAUGGAAUCGAGCGGGAACGUGGGAAGAGAAAAAUCUUAAUACAUGGGCAAGCAAUAGGAUAAAGGAAUUGCUUACUUCUAUGAGUUCCUUAGAAUUUUCUUGUGGCAAUGCUGAAAUUUCAGAAGUAACCAAGUGUGUAGGCGAUGCAUUCUUGGUUACUGUCCGGAACAAGAAAUGUGCUGGCUAUACUUAUGAAUUAACAUUGAAAUUCAAAGGUGAGUGGUUAGUAAGAGAGGAGAAAAAGAAGAUAAAGGGCGAUAUAGACAUACCAGAGUUCUCCUUUGGUGAACUGGAUGAUUUGCAGAUGGAAGUCAGAGUUGGUGAAAGUACGGAUCUUGUUCCGCAAGAUAAGACACAAAUUUCUGGGGAAUUGAGGCGUUUUCUAGAGCCCAUACGUGCGAAAUUGCUUCAGUUUGAACAGGAGCUCAAAGACAGAUAGAAGGGGCAAUUUUUUGAUUUUCCCAUGACUCUACACUAUCAUGAACUUGUCUUUCUCUUCCUUGAGGCCUAAAUUCAUCCCAACAGUUACAAGAUGGUUGAAACCAACUUAUGAACUCAUUAAUUACUUUCUUGAACACGUAAUGGAAUAUAAGUUUGUGUGGAAGCAAAGCUUCUUCCCUAGGACUGUUCACUCUUUACAGACAUCUAAAUUUGGUGGGUUGAUUAUGAAUUAACUAAGGGCAUGGUGGUGGAAUUUAGCAGCAA